UCCACCCUCUCUCUCUCUCUCUCUCUCUCUCUCUCUCUCCCCCCGCCUGUCCCUCUCUCCAUUAUGCAUCUCUCUCUUCUAUUCCCAACCAAGCUCCGAUCGAGUAUGACGAAGACAUGCGAUGAUGAAUGGCGAAGGCAGGGCAGGUCUGGAUCUUGUCGUCGACCGGCGAGGAACUUGCAAGGCGAAGGGGAGAUUGCGACGAGGUGGGUGAUGCUUCCGCUUACUCCUUCAUUCAGCCGAGUCGACGACCUCUUUCGUCGAAUUAGGGGAGGGCGAAGGCGAGUGGGGGUGAUUGAGGCGGAGAGGUCGGUGGCAGUUGGAGUUAUGCGAGUGGAGCUGGAUUUGAGAUCUAAGACCCUAACCUUGACCGGAUUGAUGAAUCGCAUUGCAGUCCUCUCGACAUCGCUGCUCCAGCUGCACUUGAGAGACCAUCGACGGGAGGCCCAUAUCCCUGGUCGUCUAGGUCCGUCCCAAUUCAGAGUUGAUCCGACAUCCUCGUCCCCCAAUCUGGCGCUACCACAGGGACCAUCAGCCGGUAGAGAUCGAGUUAUGAUGAGGGCGAAAUUGGGAGCUCCAGAUCUAAUUAAUAUGAAUCUCCUUUUCUUCACCUCUUUCCAUCUCUUCUCUCUCUAAUAGCGUGUCGCUCGCUCUAACUUUCACUAUGGUUCUUCGAUUUGAUAAAGCGUGGAGUGUGGGUUGCCACCGUUGCCGCUGCUACUUGGUCGGCGAAGAAUAUAAUCGUAUUCGAGCUAGCUCGCCGGGGGUGGUGUAGUUUGCUGGUUCGGCGGCUGCACUUUCAAAACGAAAUUCACUGACGAAGAUGGUGGGGUUCCAGACGAUGAAGCUGGAUCCGUCGUCGAUUGCCGGAUCGUGAGCUGUUGUAUGAGGAAGAGAAGCAUGAGUGAAUUUCGCGAGGGAGACGAAACGCAGAUAGGUAGAGAGAGAGGGGGUUGGUUCACAGUUGGUUUAUGGGUUAGGUUGUGGUUAUAUGAUGUGGAAAUUUUUAAUGACGUGGCGGUUGAACUUUAAAUUUUUUGAAUUAAAAUUGGGUGACUAUGCAUUUCUGUUAGCCACGUCGGCAAAAAAUUGACGGCGUUAAC